CGGGGCUAAGCCCGGACGGGCGAGCGGAAGAGGCCGAGGUUGCUGGGUGAGGCUCCGAGACCGUUUGGCGGCGGCGAGUCCGGGGUCGGCCCGAGCUCAAAGUCCCAGACCCGGGGAGACGCCACACGAAACGGAAGGACCCGGGGUUCCGGAGCAGUCGCCGCUGGCUGCUGCUGCCCUGCCUCUGCCGCCGCGGCCGCCUCCGCCCUCGCCGCUGAAGACACGGCCCUGACAGGCCUGCAGGCCUAGGCGCGGCCCGCCGAGCCCGACGUGUUGCCGCCGGUGCUGCUGUGAGUAACCCGAGCGCCCGCCCCACGGUCGCUCACAAAUUAAAAUGGAGGAAAUUUCGUUGGCUAACCUGGAUACUAACAAGCUAGAGGCCAUCGCUCAGGAGAUAUACGUAGACCUGAUAGAGGAUUCCUGUUUGGGCUUCUGCUUUGAGGUGCACCGGGCAGUCAAGUGUGGCUACUUCUACCUGGAAUUCGCAGAGACUGGUAGCGUGAAGGAUUUUGGCAUUCAGCCAGUGGAAGAUAAAGGAGCGUGUCGCCUCCCGCUUUGCUCCCUUCCUGGAGAUUCUGGGAAUGGGCCCGAUCAGCAGCUGCAACGCUCACCUCCGGAAUUUCAGUAGCUGCAACAUGAGAGUCAGAGGGUGACCAGGACGAUAGCAUUGACCAGUCCUGUGGUUUGGAGAAGUUAGGUAGCAAAGUAGAAAAAUUGGAAAAAAAAAAAAAAAUCAGACAAAAGCCCCAAUUCCCAUUCAAGAUCCUAGCCUGUAAAAAACUCGAAGUGGAGAUUUUAGGAAUUCAGAUUCUUGUAUAAUGUAUUACCUUGGAUCAGCUUUGAAACCCUGGACAGGAGGAGCUGCAUCCCACGCACCAUGCAGUGGUUGAUUUCUAAACACACCAGAAAGCGUGCAAGAACCCUGUACUGUCCCGAGUGCACAGGUGAGCAGCUGUGUGCUCAGCGUAUAAAGUUCUUUGGUUCCUCAGCCGUUCUGUCUGCCUGAUAUCAAGGGCUUUCUGGAUAACUGACAGUUUGGACAUAACUGAUGGUCAGGCCUUAAUCGUUGGGCCUCAGUGGGACUGCACCUGAUCUGUGAGCCUCUGAUUUAGGCUUUUCCAAGACAAAUGAAAGUCAGGUAUGAGAUCUGGAUAUUAAUAAUUACAAUUUGGGAAAACCGAGAAAGAAUUCCUGGCUGAAUCUGGUAGGAGAAGCUCUGUGGUCGUGACUCCAACAAGAAGAAAAGGUCAAAGCCACCAGUUUCCCAAAGGUCCAGCAUUUACAAUGACCUCAACGGACUUGGGGACAUGGGGACAUGGGCUAGCUUUCUGCUGAACAGAGCCCUCUUUCUUGCACCGCACUUGGUGGCAUAGGCUUAGCAGAUGAACAACUUGGCUGUCCAGGCAGGCUGAGGAUUAAGUUAUGAUCCCUUGGGGAGGUAGCAGGGGCCUCUGCAACUAUGCACAGAUCUUUCAGACUGCAGGAUGCUUCUCUGGAUAUACAUGCUGUGGACAGCAGUUCGGUGGGGCCUACUCUGAGUUACUGAUUACCUAGCCAGUCCAUGGGUCUCACUUGGUUGUUAGGCCAGGUCACUACCUGCCUCCCAUUUCAGGGGCAGGAGUGAGCUAUGGAAGAGCAUCAUGGCUGUGCAGGAGGCAGUGGUUUGAAAGCUUUUGAAAGCUGAGCCCAGAGGGGCACGUUUCCAGCUGCACUCAAUAAUGUGAAUGGGUUAGUGCUAGGAGCCAAGGAGCAGGACUGGGUCAUCUCAUCUGACUACAGUAUCCCACUGAAUGUCCCUGUUCCUUGGAUUGGGCAGUCACACUCAGACAGCUCUGUUACGGUGACUGUCUAGAGUGUCACCACCUUCUCUGCCCCUCACAAGGGGCAGCCCUUUCCACUCAAUCCCCUUUAGACAACAGGAGCUGUCCUUUUGUUGUUGGAAGUCAGGAAACAGCCUCCAGAAGUCCCCUGGCUUUAGGGAUCGGGAUGGAGAGGAUGGGAAGUGUGAGCUGCAUAUCAAAAACUACCCUCCACUUGACUCCCUGGUUAAAGUUUAUGAAGCGUAGAAGGGUGGGCGCCCCAAGGUGAGCGGGGACGGUGCUGCUUUAUUUGAAAUGUUUUCUUACCUCAUUCUGUGCCCCAGUUCAGGGCCCAGCCUCAUUUGUCUGGCUUGGCCCCAUAUUCCUCCUGUCCCCUGCUUCACUGCCUAUCUGGGUGCAGCUCAUAACCCCAGGUGCUGCCUGCCACUCUGCAUUCACACUGAUCAGCUUCAGUUUAUCUCUCUUGAUGCGCCUGCUUCUGAAGCCUGCCCAGUUUUCCUUUCCUUGGCUUCUUUUAAGUUUUGUUUCACUUUCUUGUUUUUGUGGGAGAUUCAGAGAAGAAUCUUUCUUACGGCUCUCUCUAUUGGGAUAAUAAUGGGAAGAGAACAUAAUUUUUUGCGUAUGAAAAGCAGUGUCAUACCUGUGUUUCUCCAUAGGACUGCCUCGCAGGUAUGCCUGCCUGCUGUGGCUUAAUCCCACCGCUACUUGGAUACUGCCUCUUAGGACCUAAGCAGAAAAGCAGUGAAGGAUGACACACAGAGAGGUGGAGUGGGUCCUGAUCCAUUUUCUCUAACUCUUGCUGUGCAUGUCUCCUCCCAUAUCCCAGAAGGAACUAUUUGGACUGUAUGUACCGAUUUGGGUUCCGUACUCUAGAGGGUUAAGGGAACCACAGUAAUACGGCCUCAAGAUAGUCUGUUACUGCAUUCUCCCCCUAGAGUUGUCCUGCUCAGGGUCAGGGCUUCACUACGACUUUGUCUCCAAUCCAAGAACUGUAAUAACUGCUUAAAAAGUCCAAUCUUGGCAAGAGCUAAAGUAAUUUUGGGUUAUCUGCCCUUGACUUUUUUAUAGACAUCUCCUUCUAAGGGGAUGCAGAGGGAAAGGAGGAUCUAAGUGAGACUCUGGCCUACUUAUAAAUAAUGUCUGGGAAACAGGCUGAAGGUAUGGCCAUGGUUCACUCUUCCUUCAGAGAGGGAGCUCAGAUUGUGACAUUACUGUUUCCUUUCUGGCCUUUUCUCCUGGUUAGAGGAGGGAGAAGUGGAAAUAGUUCUGAGUAAUGGCUGGUUCAUAUUACCUCCCUCUUGGUUUGUAUUUUUGUUUAUUGCCCCCCAUUAUUAGGGCAGUAGCCCCCUGUCCUGGAUGGGUAUAAGGUGGGCUAGGUCCAACAGGUGCCCUGAGGGGACAAACUAACUUCUUUUUGGGGGAGAGAAUGCUCCCUACCAUAUAGUUGACAGUGGUUAGGAACUCUUCCCUUCCCUUCCCUAUCUUUCCUCUUAACAGCAGAAUUCCUGUCCUUCUCUCCUCAAUUAAAUGUAUUGAUCACCCUGUAAUUCUAUUAUGUAUCUGAGUGUGUGUGUGUGUGUGUGGUGUGUGUGUGUGUGUUGGGGGGAAAGGGGUUCUUUACAAAUUUCUGUGGUUUGUGGCUUUUUCUUCCAUGCAUUAGUUUCCACACCGCAUGCCCAGGGGCCAUUGCCUGGCAUUGUCGCAUGCUGGGAUCAUUGGGGAAGUGUAGUGAAGCUCACCACUGUCCUUGGUUUUGGAGAGUCUUAUUUUUGCAUAAGUAGUCCAUCCUAAACAGAUUGCUAACUGUGUAUUCCCCUUGCCCCUAUGGCUGCUGGUGUAAAUAAACUGCAUCUUCCCAUUGAUAAAUAAGAAGAAUAAACAAAAUUUUUAAAAAUGA